UGUGUAUAAGGGAGGGGAGGCUCCUGAGGGGGGUGACGUGGUGGGGCGGGAGCCUGCCAGUGCAGGGUGACCCUGAGGGUGUGCCCAGAGUGGGUGUGUCUGCGAUUGUGGCCAGGCGGGGCACCCUCCGAGGGGAGGGAGGGCUCGGAAGUGGAAUGCGACCCCCCAGCCUCUUCCCCCAGGGGCUGUAAUCUGAUCCCUAGGGACUCCCCCCUAGCCUCCCGCCCUCACCCUCACAGCCAGCCGACUCCUGACUCCUUCUCUUCCAGAUCCCGGGGCAGAGUCCAGGGCAACUCAAGGCUCCUCUACACACACCCGCUGAACCCUGAGCGCCCUGAGCUGCCGGGAUGGGGCGGGCCAGGGCCGCCGCCAUGAUCCCAGGCCUGGCCCUGCUCUGGGCAGUGGGGCUGGGGGGUGUCACCUCCAGCCCCCCACGCCUUCGGCUCUCCUUCCAAGAGCUCCAGACCUGGCAUGGUCUCCGGACCUUUAGGCUGGAGCGGACCUGCUGCUAUGAAGCCUUGCUGGUGGAUGAGGAGCGUGGACGCCUAUUUGUGGGUGCCGAGAACCAUGUGAUCUCCCUCAGCCUGGAUAACAUCAGCAAGCGGGCCAAGAAGCUGGCCUGGCCGGCCCCCGUGGAAUGGCGAGAGGAAUGCAACUGGGCAGGGAAGGACAUUGGUACUGAGUGCAUGAACUUCGUGAAGUUGCUGCAUGCCUACAACCACACCCACUUGCUGGCCUGUGGCACAGGGGCCUUCCAUCCAACCUGUGCAUUUGUGGAGGUGGGCUACCAGCUUGAGGAGCCCAUGCUCCGGCUGGACCUGCGAAAGCUAGAGGAUGGCAAGGGGAAGAGUCCUUAUGAUCCCAGGCACCGGGCUGCCUCCGUGCUGGUGGGGGAGGAGCUAUACUCAGGGGUGGCAGCAGACCUCAUGGGCCGGGACUUUACCAUCUUUCGCAGCCUGGGCCAGCGUCCGAGUCUCCGAACAGAGCCACAUGAUUCCCGUUGGCUCAACGAGCCCAAAUUUGUUAAGGUCUUUUGGAUCCCGGAAAGCGAGAACCCAGACGACGACAAAAUCUACUUCUUCUUUCGUGAGUCGGCGGUGGAGGCGGUGCCGGCCCUGGGACGUCUGUCCGUGUCCCGCGUUGGCCAGAUCUGCCGGAAUGACGUGGGCGGCCAGCGCAGCCUGGUCAACAAGUGGACGACAUUCCUGAAGGCGCGGCUAGUGUGUUCGGCGCCUGGCGACGAGGGCGACACUCACUUCGACCAGCUCCAGGACGUGUUUCUGCUGUCCUCGCGGGACCACAGGACUCCGCUGCUUUAUGCUGUGUUCUCCACCUCCAGCGGCAUCUUCCAGGGCUCUGCAGUGUGCGUGUACAGCAUGAACGAUGUGCGUCGGGCCUUCCUGGGACCCUUUGCUCACAAGGAGGGGCCCACACACCAAUGGGUGUCGUACCAGGGUCGCGUCCCCUACCCGCGGCCAGGCAUGUGCCCCAGCAAGACCUUUGGCAUCUUCAGUUCCACCAAGGACUUCCCUGAUGACGUCAUCCAGUUUGCCCGGAACCACCCCCUCAUGUACAACUCCAUCCUGCCAAUUGGGGGGCGCCCCCUCUUCAUACAAGUGGGAUCUGGGUACACCUUCACCCAAAUUGCCGCUGACCGGGUAGCUGCUGCUGACGGACACUAUGACGUCCUCUUCAUUGGCACAGACGCGGGCACAGUGCUGAAGGUGAUCUCAGUACCCAAGGGCAGCAGGUCUAGCGGCGAGGGGCUGCUCCUGGAGGAGCUGCACGUAUUUGAGGACUCAGCCGCUGUCACCAGCAUGCAAAUCUCCUCCAAGAGGCACCAGCUGUACGUAGCCUCGCGGAGCGCGGUGGCCCAGAUCGCGUUGCACCGCUGCGCCGCCCACGGUCGCGCCUGCGCCGAAUGCUGCCUGGCGCGUGACCCCUACUGCGCCUGGGACGGGGUCGCGUGCACGCGCUUCCAGCCCAGUGCCAAGAGGCGAUUCCGGCGGCAAGACGUCAGGAAUGGCGACCCCAGCACUCUGUGCUCCGGCGACUCGUCCCGUCCUGCGCUGCUGGAACGGAAGGUGUUCGGCGUGGAGGGCGGCAACGCCUUUCUGGAGUGUGAGCCCCGCUCUCUGCAAGCGCGCGUGGAGUGGACCUUCCAGCGCACUGGGGAGACAGCCCACACACGGGUGCCGGCGGAAGAGCGCGCCGUGCCCACCGCACGGGGGCUGCUGCUGCGCGGGCUGCGGCGCCGGGACUCAGGCGUGUACCUGUGCGCUGCUGUCGAGCAAGGGUUUUCGCAGCCACUGCGUCGCCUAGCGCUGCACGUGCUGAGCGCUGCGCAGGCCGAACGGCUGGCGCUGGUCGAGGAGGCUACGCCCGCCUUGCAGUCGGGCCCCAAACUCUGGUACCGGGACUUUCUGCAGCUGGUGGAGCCGGGCGGCGGUGGAGGGGCGAACUCCCUGCGCAUGUGCCGCCCUCAGCCUGCAUUGCGCCCGCCGCCCCCAGAGUCUCGGAGGAAGGGCCGCAAUCGGCGGACACACGCCUCUGAGCCGCGCGCCGAGAGGGGGCCGCGCAGCGCCGCGCAGUGGUGACUCGGCUGUCCCCACGCUGGGGACGAGGCGGGAGAUGACAGGCGGAAGAGGGGGCACCCAGACCCUGGGAGACCAACGGGUUGGGGCCAGGCACACUGGGGUCCCUGGCAACGGAGACACCAACCGACAGGUCCUGACUGAAGGGCAGUGGCGCGGGCAUAUUUAUUAACAGGAUAACCCUUGAAUGUAGUCCCGGGAAGGGUGGUCCAGACCGGAUGCAGGAUCCCACCAAGAGGGAGGGGGCAGAGAAGCCAGGCUCCAGAACAACGACCAGACCUGGCAAGGUACCUGGAGGGCCCACACUGGAAGACGGACCCCUUCUUCUUGAGCAGUGAGCAGAAAGCUGUGAACAGGCUGGGCUGUUGGGGGUGGGUUGAGACAGGCCGACUGUACUAAAAUAAUGCAAUAAACACUAUCAGCCGAAGUUGGAAUGGCCCCAGCAGAAAACCCUAUUCCUAGACCUUGCUGUGUGGUCUUACCUUUCUAGUGGUCUGAAGGCCUGAGUUUCUCCUGUCCAAGGUUGGUGUGGUGAGGAUUAAAGGUGGUUUCUCCGUG